AUGGCUCCCUCGGCCACCGACAGCCAGACAGACACACCGAACGGUGACACCCUGACAACACAACCCAAAGUCAAGGCGACGCCCGUCGUCAUCAAUGGUGGAAGCCAUGACACGCAGCGAGCGGGUUCGCAGGAUGCAUCCUCUUCGUCAAAGCUCGACAAGUACAAAAACCCAUCGCUAUACGUGACCCCCCAACACACGAUCGAACUGAGAGAGACCUCGAUACCGAAACCAUCUGCGAGUCAAGUACUGAUCCAUGUGCGCGCGACCGGAAUUUGCGGUUCCGACCUUCACUUAUGGCACCGAGGAGCGAUCGGACCGUUGAUAGUCGACCAUGCCCACAGCCUCGGCCAUGAGUCCGCCGGUGUCGUACUCGAAACAGGCUCGGCCGUCAAGCACCUCAAACCUGGAGACAGGGUGGCAAUCGAGCCUCAAGUUCCAUGUCACACCUGCUUUCUCUGCACGGCCGGGAAAUACAAUUUAUGCGAGUCGGUGUCGUUCCUCGGCGUCGGCAACGAAGGGUCGAUUCGGCGGUUCAUGACUCACGAAGCGCAAUAUUGUCACAAGAUUCCCGACACCAUGACCUUUGCACAAGGCUCGCUCCUCGAACCCCUGUCCGUCGUUCUACAUGCAAUAAGGCAAUGUGAGGGAUCGGUAUCAAUAGGGAAACCAGCCUUGAUAUGUGGUGCUGGACCCAUAGGUCUGAUUGCGCUGGCUGCCGCACGGGCAUCUGGCGCAUGGCCCCUGGUCAUAACAGACGUGGAGGAAUCUCGGCUCGAUUUUGCCAGAACAUUUGUGCUAGGAGUACAGACUUACCAAGUCCUGCCGACCAAAACGCCUCUACAGUGUGCGGAAGAAAUCCGCCUCUUGUUCGGAUGUGCCGGCAGCCGCAACGUCGAGACGGGCAUCCCGGACGCCAACGAGUACAACGCACCCACAACGGUGUUUGAAUGUACCGGUAUCGAACCCAGCGUCAUCACCGCCGCAUAUGCUUGUCGCCGAGCCGGAGUGGUCAUGGUCGUGGGUGUUGGGCGCAGCAUUAUGAACAAUCUACCUUUCAUGCACCUAAGUCUGGCCGAGAUCCAGCUGAAAUUCAUCAAUCGAUACUCGGACACUUGGCCCGCAGGCAUCAAUGCUUUGGCAAAUGGCCAGGUUUUGAACCUGGACAGCUUGGUGACGCAUACUUUCCCAUUGGAGCAAGCAACAGAGGCCAUGGCCCUUUGUGCGGAUAGGUCAAAGGGGAGCAUCAAGGUACAGAUCGUGGACGAUACGGAAAUCGACCUGUAA